AUGCGAAUAAUUCCAUGCUUUUCCGAGGGAUAUGCGCUGGUCAUCUUUUCGUUCUUGAUCAGUCAGGAGACAUUUACUACGGUGGUGGGUACCUAUGCCAAACAACAACUUGCCAUGAUCACUACCGGGAAUCGAUUGAGUUCGUCCAGAGACGUUGCUAACGCGGAUUAUUCUCGCAAAGUGACUGUUCGAGUGAGUGAUGUUUUGACUCGACAAAGAGCUGCUGCAAUGGCAGCGGCUGCAGCAGCAGCAUCCCAAUCAGGCAGCCAAACUCAGUCAGAUUCCUCGGAAAGUCGACCGAGAUCUAACUAUGCGGCUGACUCACCUCACGGACGUCUUCAAUCAGAUUCGAAUACACCGUCCUUCACACGGCCACUUAUUAUCAAUCAUGGCAGCGUUCGUGAUAGUGGAUCAGUGCAAACAAAUGUCGGAAAUUCGGCUACUUCUUCACCUUUGGCACAAAUUGUUGUUCGGUCCUCACAGCCCGGGCCACCUUCGAAUGCUUUGGUUGUACCUGUCGCCAAUUCUCGAACGGUCGUCAAUGAGGAUCGUUCUUGGCCACCAGAGCACUCGCAAGAAUUCGCUCGAGUAGAUGUUCGAGUAAUGGGUGAACGAAUCGACAGCAAAGCGCUGUUGCAUCUAAGACCUAGUGCACAUCCUGGUUCCGUCCGUAAAUUGCGCAAAAUUCUAGGCCCAGAUCUCCAAUCGGAAUGGAUGUCUAUUGAUCCACCACCAAAAUUGCAUGAAGAUUCCGGUAAAUUACCGCGCUCCGUCAUGAUGCGUAUGGACAUGCCCAAACCAAGUAAACACAUUCUGAUGGCAGUGGACAAUCUGAAUUUCACUGUAUUUCGACCGGCUAAAGGCACUGAUGUGGUUAUUCCAAUUGAGUUCACCAGCGAACAGAUAACACUAAUGAAAGAGUGGCUGGUACAAUUAGCCACAUGUCGCAUGGAUUUCAUGUGGGAGGAUCUUGGCCCAUUGUUCUGGCCCCGAUGGAUUCGUCGAGGAAUUUGUGUGAACACUGUGUCGUGUUCAUGGCCACCGGGAAUGAGGUGCCUGCCGAGUGGUUCAAGAAUGCUAAAACUAUUGCGUUGGGUAAGUGGGGUUAUUGAAACAAGCCUUAAUUUUUGGACGGAGAAAGACAUAUCGAUUGAUGAAUAG